GGAGGAUUUUAGGAAGAGCGCUGAGUAUUACGUGUCUAAAACCUUCUAACUUCAACAAACUUUACUUUCUCUUUGCCUAAAUUUAUAAAGGCUUACGUCUCGAGAAAGAGUCGGACAGCCUUGUGGCAUUAUGUCUGGGAUGAAAAAGCAGAAAACGGACCUGCAGAGAGCAACUGAUGUUGUGUACCAAGCUCACCAUGUGAGUAGAAUCAAGCGUGGUCAAGUGGUUGGUACCAGAGGUGGCUUUCGUGGCUGUACUGUUUGGCUGACAGGGCUGUCUGGUGCAGGAAAAACGACUAUUGGAUUCGCUUUGGAGGAAUAUCUGGUUUCACAUGCAAUUCCCUGCUACUCACUUGACGGUGACAAUAUCCGACAUGGUUUGAACAAAAACCUGGGCUUCACUGCAGCUGACAGGGAAGAGAAUGUCCGACGUAUUGCAGAAGUGGCCAGGAUGUUUGCAGAUGCCGGACUGGUUUGCAUUACUAGUUUCAUUUCACCAUUUACUAAGGAUCGAAACGAGGCCAGGAAGAUCCAUGAGAAAGCAGGUCUGCCGUUCUUUGAGGUGUUUGUAAAUGCACCUCUGGAUGUAUGUGAGAAUAGAGAUGUGAAAGGACUUUAUAAAAAGGCCCGUGCUGGAGAGAUUAAAGGUUUUACAGGAAUAGACUCUGACUAUGAGAAACCUGAAUCCCCUGAGCUUGUGUUAAAGACAGGAGAGCUCACUGUUAAUGACUGCAUUCCGCAACUAGUGGAGCUCUUGAAGGAACAGGAUAUUGUGCCAACGGGUGUGGCAGAGGAAGUGAAUGAGCUCUUUGUUCCUGAAAACAAGCUGGACCUGGUGCUGAGUGAUGCUGAGACACUCCCAACGGUCACCAUCACAGAGCUAGACUUGCAGUGGGUACAGGUUCUGGCUGAGGGAUGGGCGACUCCACUUAGAGGAUUCAUGAGGGAGAGAGAAUUCCUGCAAGUUCUGCACUUUGGAACUUUACUUGAUGGUGGGACCAUCAAUAUGUCUGUGCCCAUCGUGCUGCCCGUUGCCAAGGAGGACAAGGAGAGGCUUGACAGUUGUGCUGAUUUUGCCCUGGAAUUCAAAGGUCGCAAAGUUGCAAUCAUGCGCAACCCCGAGUUUUAUGAGCAUCGUAAGGAAGAGAGGUGUGCCAGGCAAUGGGGGACAACAUGCCCCCAACAUCCACACAUCAAGAUGGUAAUGCAGGGUGGUGAUUGGCUGGCCGGUGGAGACUUGGAGGUGAUUGAGCGAAUUAGGUGGAAUGAUGGUCUUGACCAGUACCGGCUCACUCCUCGGGAGCUAAGACAGAAAUUUAAAGAAAUGAGAGCUGAUGCCGUCUUUGCCUUCCAGCUGCGUAAUCCUGUGCACAACGGCCAUGCUCUCCUCAUGCAGGACACCAAGCGCCGCCUGCUAGAGCGAGGCUACAAGAACCCUGUGCUGCUUCUGCACCCUCUGGGAGGCUGGACCAAAGAGGACGAUGUGCCACUGGACUGGCGCAUGAAACAGCAUGCUGCUGUGCUGGAAGAGGGGGUGCUGGAUCCGGCAAGCACUAUUGUGGUCAUUUUCCCAUCACCUAUGAUGUAUGCCGGGCCUACAGAGGUACAGUGGCAUUGUCGUGCCCGGAUGAUUGCUGGGGCCAACUUUUACAUUGUAGGACGAGACCCAGCAGGUAUGCCCCACCCGGAGACAAAGCAGGACCUGUACGAGCCCACACACGGUGGAAAAGUAUUGACCAUGGCACCAGGCCUCACUUCUCUAGAGAUUAUUCCAUUCAUAGUUGCUGCAUACAACAAAGUUAAGAAGGCCAUGGAUUUUUACGACAAGGAAAGACACGAUGAAUUUGAGUUCAUCUCAGGUACCAAAAUGCGAAGCCUCACCCGAAGUGGGCAGAACCCUCCAGAUGGUUUCAUGGCCCUCAAAGCAUGGAAAGUCCUAGCUGAGUACUAUAGUUCUCUGCAAAAGUACCAGUGAGAAA